AUGACCCAACCAACGCUCACAAUCAUCAAGCUCACCCCCGAAGAGCUAUCAACUCGCAAACUAAACUCGCACAAUCUCCAAGCAGCCCUACAAGCCCUCCACCAAGACGGAAUCCUCGCUCUCGAAAACGCCGUCAACACCAGCCACCUCGACAAACUAAACGAGCGCAUGAUCCCCGAAGCCAAAAGACUCUACGCAAACACAAACACGCACCGCAAUUUCGGCCCAGACACGGGCAACAUCCAACAAGAACCAGUCGUCGAGAAAGACUUCAUCUUCGAAGAUAUCCUCGCCAACCCAUGGGCCACCUCCAUCAUCGAGCAUAUGAUAGGACCAACCCCACAGCUACGCUUCUACAGCGCAAACACCGCAUUCAAAGCAACGGGCCGUCAACCACCACACGUUGAUGUGGAGUUUAAAAUGCCCCGUAUGCCAUUCGGUUACUGCAUCAAUAUCAAUUUAGUCUCUACAUCGCCCGAAAACGGGGCAACGGAGUUCUGGUUAGGCAGUCACACCGACACGGACGAAACCGUGUUCGAUAGACAGGCAAAUAACGAACCGAUCAAAUCUGAACUCCUAGAACAGCGAAGGAAGAUCAGCCCGCCUAUCCAGCCCGGUUUACCCAAGGGCUCGCUGAUUAUCCGUGAUCUCAGGCUUUGGCAUGCAGGGAUGCCGAAUCGGACGGAUGAGCCUAGGGUGAUGUUGGUUUCUAUUCAGUUUCCGAGUUGGUAUCGGAGUGAUCAGACGUUGGUGUUGCCGAGGGUGUUGGAGGGGAAGAUUGAUUUUGGUAGAACGGUUCCUUAUGUGAAGUGGGUUGGGGAAGAUUAUGAUUAUUUGCAGGGUGCUCAUGAUCAUGAUUUGACGUUGAAGCCAUGA